AUGAAAGGAACGAGUGGCAAUUUUAAGUCCAUAAAGUAUCGUGUUGAUGAGCUUAAUGAGGAGACAUACACAUAUAAGUACACAUUGAUCGAAGGUGAUGGACUGGCAGACAACCUUGAGAAGAUAACUUAUGACGUGAAGUUUGAGCAGUCAGCAGAUGGUGGUUCCAUCUCUAAGGUGACUAGCACAUACUAUACUGUGGGAGAUUUUAAGCUCAAGGAUGAGGAAAUCAAGGCAGGCAAGGAGAAGGUUUUGGCGAUGUUCAAAGCUGUAGAAGCCUAUCUCCUCCAAAAUCCUGAAGCUUAUGCUUAG